AUGCUAGCCAAACUUACAGAGGAUCCCGCGACAAAGAUCCAGUGGGACACGCCCAUCAGCCAAUUGCUCCCCGGGGACUUUGCAUUACCAGAUAAAUGCGUGGUGGGCCAGAUUACUGAAGAUGCACUAUCGCAUCGGGCCGGGCUCCCGUCUCACGACCACGCUAGCUCUCGCACCAGCGUCCGCAAGAAUGUCCGUCGAUUCGCUCACCUUCCGCUGACUGCUAAGCUCUAUACCCGGUAUCAAUAUUCCAAUAUUAUGUAUGUGGUGGCCUCCCGUAUCAUCAAGACCGUGACAGGCCAAUGGCUGGGCGACUGUCUGGCCCACUCUCAACCACUUGGGAUGAUCGACACUUACUUCGCCUUGGACGAUGCGCAGGCGGCCCCCAAAACCUUGACUCAGGGCUAUGUACUACUACUCCGCCCAUGGUGGUGGCGACCCGCGCGAUGA